CCUUAAUUGAAACAAAUUGUCCCCCUAUACUACCCACACUCGAUGAAAUCAGAGCUAUAAUCAAUUAUAUAUCUACACCUGAACCAAUCAUCUUACCAGCUACUUCUCAACAAGAAGUUGAAAAUGCUAUUGCAUUUUUACAUACUCACUUUACCUUCAGAGAG